GUCACUGGAGUUAUAAGCAAAGAGUACAUCCCAAAAGGAACGCGCUUUGGACCCCUGGUAGGAGAGAUCUAUACCAGCGAUACGGUUCCCAAGAAUGCGAACAGAAAAUACUUUUGGCGGAUUUAUUCCAGUGGUGAGCUUCACCACUUCAUUGACGGAUUUAACGAGGACAAGAGCAACUGGAUGCGUUAUGUAAACCCUGGCUACUCUGUUCAGGAACAGAACUUGGCUGCUUGUCAGAAUGGAAUGAACAUCUACUUCUACACCAUCAAGCCCAUCCCUGCCAACCAAGAGCUGCUUGUGUGGUAUUGCCGAGACUUUGCAGAGAGGCUGCACUAUCCCUCCUCCAGAGAGCUGACAAUGAUGAACCUCACACAAACCCACGUCAAUCCAAAGCAGCACAGUGCUGAUAAAGAUGAGCUCUAUCAGAAAAGCAUCCCAAAGAAGGAGCACAGUGUGAAAGAAAUCCUGAAAAUGGAAUCCAAUCCUCCAAAAGGAAAAGACUUCUUCCAGACCAACAUUUCACCAGUUACUCCAGAAAAAGACUUGGAUGAUUUGCGUAAGAACUAUAGCCCGGAGAGGUGUUUCUUUCCUCGAGUUGUCUACCCGAUCCGACCUCACAUUCCGGAAGACUAUCUGAAAGCUUCCUUAGCAUACGGGAUGGACAGACCCAGCUACAUUACUCACUCGCCCAUCCAGACAUCUACUACGCCGAGUCCUUCCGGGAGGAGCAGCCCAGACCAAAGUUUAAAAAGUUCAAGCCCUCACAGCAGCCCAGGGGUCACAGUUUCGCCUCUGGCACCUACUUCCCAAGAGCACAGAGAGCCGUACUCUUACUUGAACGGAUCGUAUGGCUCAGAAGGAUUGGGGUCUUAUCCUGGAUAUGCACCCCCUGGCCACCUCCCACCUGCCUUUCUACCAUCCUAUAACCCCCAUUACCCCAAAUUCCUGUUACCUCCAUUCAAUAUGAGCUGUAAUAACCUGAGCGCUUUGAACAAUAUCAAUGGCAUCAACAAUUUCAAUCUCUUCCCAAGGAUGUAUCCUCUUUAUGGCAGCCUGGUCAGCGGAGGUAGCCUUUCCCACCACAUGUUGAACCCUACCACGCUCCCCAGUUCAUUGCCCAGUGAAGGAGGCCGUCGACUGCUGCAGCCUGAUCAUCCGAGAGACUUCCUCAUACCAGCACCUAACAGUGCCUUCUCUAUCACGGGCGCUGCUGCCAGCAUGAAGGACAAGCCAUGCAGCCCCACCAGCGGGUCACCCACAGCUGGUACAGCAGCCAGUUCAGAACACAUAAUGCAACCUAAACCUACCUCAGUGGUGUUGGCUGCCACCGGCGGUGAAGAAGCCAUGAAUCUUAUUAAAAGUAAGAGGAAUGUGACCGGUUACAAAACCCUUCCAUACCCACUGAAGAAGCAGAAUGGGAAGAUCAAGUACGAAUGCAACGUUUGCUCCAAGACCUUUGGCCAGCUCUCCAAUCUGAAGGUGCACCUCCGAGUACACAGCGGAGAGAGACCGUUUAAAUGCCAGACUUGCAAUAAAGGCUUCACGCAGCUGGCUCACCUCCAGAAGCACUAUCUGGUACACACGGGAGAAAAACCCCACGAGUGUCAGGUUUGUCACAAGCGGUUCAACCACCUGCGGCUCCACUCUGGAGAGAAGCCUUACCAGUGCAAGCUCUGCCCGGCCAAAUUCACCCAGUUUGUGCACCUGAAGCUGCACAAGCGUCUCCACACUCGGGAACGUCCCCAUAAAUGCAUCCACUGCCACAAGAGCUACAUUCACCUCUGCAGCCUCCAGGUCCACCUGAAGGGCAACUGCCCUGUCGCCCCUGCCUCUGGCCUCUCCAUGGAGGACCUGAAUCGAAUCAACGAGGAGAUCGAGAAGUUCGACAUCAGUGACAAUGCUGACAAGUUGGAAGAAGUGGAGGACAAUAUCGACUUAACAUCGAUCGUGGAGAAGGAUAUACUGGCCAUGCUCAGAAGGGAAAUGGAAGGAGCUAAUCUGAAAGUAUCUCUACAGAGGAACCUGGGAAAUGGACUUAUCUCCUCAGGAUGCAACCUUUACGAAUCAUCAGAUAUGUCAAUUAUGAAGUUGCCUCACGGUCACCCACUACCUCUGUUACCUGUAAAGGUCAAGCAAGAAACAGUUGAACCAAUGGACCCUUAA